AUUCUGUCUUCUCUUGUCUGUCUACGACGCAGAGCGAGAGAAUAGAGAGAGAGAGAGAGAGAGAGAGGUUCGACGAUGGAGGGAGCGCAGUACAAUCCGCGCACUGUGGAGGAAGUCUUCAAGGACUUCAAGGGCCGCCGCGCCGCCUUGAUCAAGGCCCUCACCACCGAUGUCGAAGAAUUUUAUCAGCAAUGUGAUCCAGGAAAAGAGAACCUUUGCUUGUAUGGCUUUCCAAGUGAACAAUGGGAAGUGAAUUUACCUGCUGAAGAAGUGCCCCCAGAGCUCCCAGAGCCGGUCCUAGGUAUAAACUUUGCAAGAGAUGGCAUGCAAGAAAAGGACUGGAUUUCUUUAGUGGCUGUCCACAGUGAUUCCUGGCUGAUUGCAGUUGCCUUCUAUUUUGGUGCUAGAUUUGGAUUUGAUAAGGCUGAUAGGAAGCGGCUCUCCAAUAUGAUACAUGACCUUCCAACAAUCUUUGAAGUGGUGACUGGUACUGCAAAGAAAGAAAGGGCAAGGUCGUCGGGAGCCAAUCACAGCGGUAGCAAAUCCAAGUCUGCUUACAAAGGGCGAGCAUCUGACUCUCGGGGAAAGUACACAAGAGAACUACCGGAGAAGGAAGAAGAUGAGGAGCUGGAUGAGGAAGAUGAGGAGGAGAAUGGGGAGACCCUUUGCGGAGCAUGUGGGGAGAACAGUGCUGCGGAUGAUUUCUGGAUCUGCUGCGACCUGUGCCUGAGGUGGUUCCAUGGCUCGUGUGUGAAGAUAACUCCAGCUAGGGCCGAGCAUAUUAAACAAUACAAAUGCCCAUCCUGCAAUAACAAGAGAGCUCGGACUGGAAAUUAGUCCACUGCCCAGGCGAUGCAGUGCGCUACCCUUGCUCUGCAAUCUCGCCUGCCCUGCUGCUGGAUUCUCGUCUGUCUUUUACUAGCACCACAUUGAACCUUUAUUAGGAUAUUUAAAUUAGACGUUGGGAGCUAUUUUUAUUUAAUUCACAUGUGACAUUUUCAUUUGGACUUUCGGUUAUACAGAUGUAGAUGCUGUGAGGCAAGAUGCUUCACGACGUUUGCGCUCCUUUUCCCAUUUGCUUGCUGGUAGUUCAUGGCUUAAGCCGAUGUCGGGAUCGUCCGUCAAUUUAUUUCCA